AGGAUGACAACAUACGGCUGUCAGUUGAAGGAGAAAGUUGAUAUUUCGAAGAGAAUCAAAGGAAAAUGUCUCACAUUCAGUAUGUGGACGAGUUAGUCAAGGAAUAUCUGCUUUUUAGAGGUUUUAGUCAAACCUUGAAGGCUUUUGAUAACGACUUAAAAGCUGAGAAAGAGAAAGGUUUUAGGGUUGAUAAAAUCGUCGAUCAAUUGAUGCAAUACAUAUAUAAUUAUGACUUAGCAUCUUUAAGAGAAUUAUGGGGACAUUUGGACACCAGGAUGUUCUCCCGUUUAGAAAGUCACUUCACACCAGCUGUGAGGAAAUUGGAGAAUGCAGUUUUAAAAAUGUAUUUAGUUAAUGCAGCAGUAAAUAAUAAACAAGAUCGAAUUCAAGAAUUUUUUAUAAAAAUGACGCCAGAGCUACAAGGGCAUUCAGAGUGGAAAGAAUGGUUUGCAUUGCCAUUUGUUAAAAAUCCUGAAGACAAUCCAGCAUACUCUGUACAUUUUAGUAGACAAUGGCAGGACACUAUGUUAGUGUCCCUGCACAAUUUCCUUGCUACUAUAUUUCAAUGUAUGCCACAACCAACAUUGCUUACGAUAGAUGAAGAUACAAAUAGAUUAAAACGACUUCAAGAAGAGAAUGAAACAUUAAAGCAACGUUUAAGUGAAUCUGUUAAAAUAGAAAAUGUAAUGGAUGUAAAUCCAGGACCAGCUCCUCAACAUUUACCACUCAUGGAUGACUUUUAUAUUAUAGCACAAGAAUCUCCUCUAUUAGAAAAUCCUAAAACUCUAAGGAAUCUUAUAAGAAAUAUUGGCGGUGGUUCCAGCCCAAUUUUAAGUAGGAAGCCUGGAACAAGUAUAAAAAAAGUUGUAGAACCUGAAAUGGCAUCAACCAAAAGAACUAAUACGAAAGGAAAAAUUAAUUCUAUUAAUAAAUCUGAACCUGUUAGUAAAAGAAGUAUUAGCUGUGAUUCAAGAUUAACAAGCUCUAGAAAAAGAGACUCAUCUAUCGAUGCAGUAGCCGAACGAAAAGCGAAAGAUAAAAUUGAUUCCACUUACAUUCUUCUUAGUCAGGAAGAAUAUACAGAACAUAAAACAUCAAUAAUUCAAUGUAAAAGUAAUGCUAGUGGCUCAUAUGUUGCUACAGGUGAUGCAGAUGGCAUUAUUAAAGUAUGGACUCCCAUACCAUCACCAAAGACUGUUACCACAUUUAUCUCUGCUCCAGCAAAUUCAAAUAAAGCUAUUACUGCAUUAGACUGGAUUUCAAAAAACGAACGUUAUUUUUUACAUGGUGAUAAUAAUGGCCUGAUUCAAUUACACGAUACUCGAGAUUGCAAGACUUUAUGGGAUAUUCAGCACGAGAAUUCUCGAAUCAUUACUUUGUUAUGUAACCCGACAGAAUCCACAUUUGUAUGUUCCGUGUCAGAUUCGAACGAAGGAAAAUUAUUAUUAUAUGAUAUAAAAACAAGAAAAUUAGAAAGAACGUUGCCAAUGGAGCAAAAUGUAACUGCUUUAUGCUCUGCAUUUAAUCACAAUGGGCAACUUCUUAUCACCGGAUUAUCCAAUGGGAAUAUUUUAAUACAUGAUUUGAGACGCAAUGAAAUUAUCGAUAAUAUAAGCUGUCAUGCAAGUCCAGUAAUUGAUAUAGAACUAAUUAAUGAUUACACAAAUAUCUGUACUCAAAGUGAAGAUGGAAAACUGUGUCAAAGAAGUUUAAAUCAUUCAGGGAAGAUUUUAUGGGAAACGAAAAUUAAAGUAGAGAAAAAUACAGUUCAUGGAAAACUAUUUACUUUUGACCAAAGCGGUAACUAUAUGCUACUCUGUACACAAACUGGAGGAAAUAUAUACAAAAUGCCACCAGGAGCACAAGCAAAAAUUUUAGAAUUAGGUGGACACAAAGGUACAUUGUGUUGCGACUGGUCUACUGCCAAUCAAUCUGGAACUUGUAUAACUGGUGGUGCAGAAGGGAAAGUACGUGUUUCGACGUUGCUUUCACCAUGAUACAGAAGCAAAAUUAGUAUCUGUGUGAAUUCAUGAAAUACCAUAUAAGAUUCAUAAGAUUAGCUCAAAUUUGUAGAUAUUAAAUAUUUAGAAUAAUGGACAUUAAGGAGGAAUUUUAUAGUCAUUAUGUUACAUAAUGAAAGUUAAAAAUAUCUCAUUUAAAGAAUACAUUCAAAAUACCAUAAGAUUGAAGAAAAGAUCCAAAUAUUUUAUGAAAAGUACAAUGAAUGCAAGCGUAUCAUGCGUUAGCGCAAAGUCAAAUGUAUUAUAAUCCUAUCUUUAAAAUGGAAUCAGGGACUACCAAUUAUAAAAUGUACAGAAACUAUUAUAAUUGUAAAAAAAAUGGAUACAUAAAAUAUCUUUAAACGUCGCAUUAAGUAA